ACAACCACACGCAACUGUCCGCCAAAUCCCUUAAUUAGGAGAUUAUUAUUUUAAUGAACAAUGACAGCAAAAGAACGUGUUUUAAUUAUCGACAACGGAUCGUAUGAGUGUCGUGUAGGUUGGAAUGACAUAAGUGUACCCGAACUGCGUUUUCGCAACGUUCUGACAAAACCACGCAAAGACCGAAAGAAGGACAAUCAGCCCGGGAUUGGUGAUGGUGCAACAACAAUGGGAAACGAAACGCCGGCAGAAAUACAAGUGGGCAAUGAUAUUACCAAUAUUGAAGCAGUUCGUGCUCAUCUAAAAUCUCCAUUUGAGCGCAAUGUCAUAACGAACUGGAAUCACCAGGAGCAGAUACUGGACUAUAUAUUCUCCAAAAUGGGCUUCGAAGCCGAACCGAAUAUUGGGAAUCCUAUAGUGUUCACUGAGGCGUUGGCCAACCCCAAUGUUUGCCGUCAGCAGAUGAACGAGCUGCUAUUUGAAUGCUAUGGAGUUCCUUCUCUUACCUAUGGCAUUGAUGCCCUUUACAGCUGGCACCACUUUCAGCAUGAACGUGGAAAGGUGGCAGAUGCGUUAAUUAUAUCGUUUGGUUAUAGCACCACACACGUUAUACCUGUUCUGGAUGGGAAGCUGCAAAUGCAACAUGUGCGUCGAUUAAAUGUUGGUGGCUAUCAUAUAAUUACGUUUCUAUUCCGCUUGAUGCAAAUGAAAUAUCCAGUGCAUCUAAAUGCCAUCACAAUAAGUCGGAUGGAGAAACUGGUGCAUGAGCACUGCCACAUAGCAAUUGAUUAUAAGGAGGAGUUGUUGAAGUGGGCCCAUGUUGACUAUUACGAUGCGCAGAUUAUGAAGAUACAAUUACCUUACAAUCCGGUAACGGCCACCAAUGCGCUGCUAACGGCUGAACAAAAGCAGGAAAAGCGUCGGGAGCUGGCCAUGCGCUUACUGGAGAUGAAGAAUCGCAGGGAAAACGAAAAGUUACAGGAAGAUGAGCAACAAUUGCAGCUGCUGAAAAAGUUAAGACAACUUUAUGAGCAGCAGAAAGAACAGAAAUUUGAGCGGGCUCUGGAACAGCAACAAAUAGAAAAUUUAGAGGAGUUGGACAAACUAAUUAGCACAGUGAGUGGACGAAUUACGCGCAUCAAGGAGCGAGCAGUUUCUUCACCGCGACCCAACAAACAAGUCGACAAAAUGGCCAAACCACCGGAAGGUAUGGACCAGGCACAAUGGCUGUCGGAGCUUCGAGAAAAGCGGGAGGAGCUGAUACGUCGCAAGCAGGCGCGGCAGCAAAAACGCCAGGAGUUAGCCAAAAGGCACACGUUGGCGGCACAAGAACGCAUGCGUAUUAUUUCGACGCUGGCACGUUGCGAAAAACGACGCAAAGCUAAUGGUGAUGAGGAAGAUGACGGGUUUGGUAUGAAUGAUGAUGAUUGGGAUGUGUACAAACGUAUAAACCGACAUAACGAUGACAGCGACUCAGAUGCCGAGAGCGAACAGCUUAUCGAGUAUGAGAAGAUCCUUAAUCAUUACGAUGCCAAUAUUGACGAAGGAGGGGCGGCAUCUAAGGCCCUAACAGCUGCAGAAAAUUAUCAAUUACACUUUGGUGUGGAGGCCAUACGUGUGCCGGAGGUUCUCUUCCAGCCCAGCAUGAUUGGUAGCAGUGAAGCAGGUCUGGCUGAACUUAUAGCCUUUGUGCUGAAAUUCUUUACGGCCUCGGAGCAGCAACGUAUGGUCGAGCAUGUCUAUUUAACCGGCGGAUGUGCACAAUUUCGUGGACUCAAGGAGCGACUGGCCAAGGAGCUGCUAGAACUAAGACCAUUCCAAUCCCAUUUCGCCAUUUUCGAAUCCGAUAAUCACACAUUGGGCGCUUGGUUGGGGGCUUUAGUGCAGGCGAAUGAGUCAAGUUUUAACGAAAUUUUAACCACACGUCAGGAUUAUGAGGAGCACGGCUGCGAAUAUUUUAAAGAGCACAAUGCGAGCAACAUAUAUUAUCCUACACCAAAAGAUUAGCUUUUUGUUUAAUCUGUCCACACAAAAAUAUAUAUAAAUUUAAAUUAAAACAGCAA